GCAAGGCGCCAGGGCUCUGGUUGACGGUUGGGACUCCAUUUUGUUCGCCGCUCGCCCGCUCGGCAGUCGCUAGCCUCCGUGGCGUCUCCUAGGCGGAAAGUUGUGCGGCGGCGGAAGUUUUGAGGACUCGGCCGGAGCUCGGUUCCUGAGUGCCCCGCGGACGAGCAGAGCGGCGGAGAUGCGGCCCCUGGACGCGGUGGAGCUGGCGGAGCCCGAGGAGGUGGAGGUGCUGGAGCCCGAGGAGGACUUCGAGCAGUUUCUGCUGCCGGUCAUCCACGAGAUGCGCGAGGACAUCGCGUCGCUGACGCGCGAGCGCGGGCGCGCGCCCGCGCGCAACCGGGGCAAGCUGUGGGAGAUGGACAAUAUGCUGAUCCAGAUCAAGACGCAGGUGGAGGCCUCCGAGGAGAGCGCGCUCAACCACCUGCAGGGCGCGGGAGGCGCCGAGCCCCGCGGGCCCCGGGCGGAGAAGGCCGAGGAGAAGGCGCAGGAGAUGGCGAAGAUGGCCGAGAUGCUGGUGCAGCUGGUGCGGCGGAUAGAGAAGAGCGAGUCGUCGUGAGCGGGGGCCGCGGUUUCCAGCCAAUGGAUUCUGGUCGAGUGAUGGCGAUUGGCUGACAUGACACCCCGGAGAAGCUGAAACCAGAGAGCCUUUUGUUUUCCCUUCUUUCUUUUCUUUUUUUUUUUUUUUUUCUUUCCCCU